AUGUGUAUUUCGUGCUCACUUACAGCGGUCCUACACAUUGCACUGUUUUGUUCGCGUUUCAUCAACAGUGGAUAUGAGUGGCAUAUCGCGGAAUUCGUGAUAGCUUACGUCACGAUCAGCAGCAAUUUAAACCCGCUGGUGAUCAUCGUUGCGGCCUGCGUGCUACAGGAUGAUAUUCGAGAAGCCGUUUUUGCAUUGUUCCCGCAGCGUCUGCAGCUGUUGCUGACAAAGUGGAUGCCAAAUGUGUGGGCACUAGUAUUCAGGCGAUUAGCGCAAGUAAGCAUUUAA